GGAGUGCGGUGCAAAUUGGUUCUACAAAGAGGAGGAGAAGUAAGAGGCGGCACAAGCCAAUCACCAAACCCUAGGCUUCCCCUCCCAUGUCAUCCAGAUCUCUCCCUAGUUAAUCUUAAAUUCUAAGUAGUUCUCCAAUUAAUUUUUGUGCGUACAGAGACCUCUUAUUCUUGCUCUCUGACCCGUUCCAAAAAUCUACUUUCUAUCCCUUCUCUGUUGUUUUGAUGCGUCGAAUGGAAACUAAUUGUGCGAAAAGAUCUGAUUUUUAUUAGCUGCAUUGUCUCGGAUUCUGAUUUUCGAUUUAUCGCAGUCAAGAAUUUAUUUAUUACAAGAUUCUUAUUUAUUACAAGUUGUACGAUCGUUUUGAGUUAAUACCUGAGAGGCGUGAGAAUCGGCAACUUUCUUUAUCCUUCCGCGUCGUGGGAAAUCUCUUUCGGUAUCCAGGAUCGGAGAUUGUUUUAUUUUUGCCUUAAUUAUUGUUGUUUGCUUCUUCCACCGAAUUUUUUUAUUGGGAAUUUCGAGGUGAAAGGGGUUGGAUCUCGGGUUAUGCUGCUGAACUAGAGGCAUUAGUUAUGGCGGCAGUUUCCGGUAAUGCGGUGGUGGUGCCGGUGGAUCCGUUGCAGUUCCCAGUGGGCGGCGGCGGCGGCGGCGGCGGCGGCGGGAAUGAGGCUCCAAGGCAGUGGUUUAUGGACGAAAGGGACGGGUUCAUCUCGUGGAUGCGGGGGGAAUUCGCGGCGGCUAAUGCGAUCGUUGAUCUCUUGCUCAAUCACCUCAGGGUUACUGGCGAGCCCGGUGAGUACGACCACGUUGCGGGCUGCAUCCACCAGCGGCGAUUCCACUGGACGAACAUCCUCCACAUGCAGCAGUAUUUUCCGGUUGUGGACGUUGGCUACGCACUGCAGCAGGUGGAGUGGAGGAAACAUCAGCAGACACCGCUGAGGUAUUCUUACGGCCCGAAGGAGAAGGAUGGGAGGAAGUCCGGUUUUGGGCAUCGAUACGGCCAUCGUUUCAGUGGGGUUCGUGAGAGUCAUGCAUGUCCGGCUUCCUGCACGGUUGUAUCUGAAGUUGGAAAUUUGGAGAAGAAUGAUGACCCAAUCGAAGACAUAAAGCAGAACGAUGUGCAGAUGUCAUCGGUCAAGGAUUCCUUGCCUCUCAGUGAAAAGGACGGAAACUGCAAUCCACAUAGCUCAGAGGACAACUCUUGCCUGAAGGAUGGAAAGAAUGAAUUUGGAACCAGUGAUAAUAAGUCGGAAGAUGGUUGUGUGCAUGGUAAUCAAGAUUCAGAUUGUGGAGACAAGACAAUUAUGACUUCAGAUCAAUAUGGAACUCUGAAAGAAAUAUCAACUCCAAAAGAAUUCCUGGCCAGAGAAACAAGUGAUGGCAUGAUGGUAAAUGUAGUCGAGGGACUCAAACUUUAUGAGAAUUUUCUGGAUAGCAGAGAAGUCACUGAACUUGUUUCAUUAGCUAAUGAAAUGAGAGCUGCUGGCCACAGAGGAGAACUUCCAGGGCAAACACUUGUAACACUGAAAAGACCAAUGAAGGGGCAUGGUAGAGAGAUGAUUCAGCUAGGUGUUCUCAUUAAUGAAGAACCUAUAGAAGAAAAUACAAUUCUGACCUCUGGAGAGAGGAAGAUAGAGGCCAUUCCUAGUAUGCUUGAUGGUAUCUUUGACUGCUUGGUUCAGCUGCAAGUUUUGCCAGUGAAACCUGAUUUCUGCUUGAUUGACUUUUUCCAUGAGGGGGAUUAUUCACUACCUCACACAUUGCCAUCUUGGUAUGGUAGGCCACUUUGUAAUUUAUUUUUGACUGAUUGUGACAUUGUAUAUGGCCGAACAAUGGGCUCAGAUCAUAGGGGAGACUACAAUGGUUCUCUGAAGCUCAACAUCACACCAGGGUCUCUUCUUGUGAUGCAUGGGAAAAGUGCAGAUCUAGCUAAACGUGCUAUUCCUUCCCUUACAAAGGCACGAAUACUUUUAACUUUUGGAAAAUUUCGACCAAAGAAGACUCUUCCAUCAGAUGGCUAUAUCUCCAGUUCAUCAAGCUUUUCGCGUUAUCCAUUAAGUCGUAAGCAAUAUGGGGUCAUACCUGCUAAUGGCUUGGUGCAAGCUCAGCCAGCCCCUCAAAAUAUUUCUCCUCCUAACGGUGUUCAACAGCUGUUUGUGGCUGGUCCGGUGGUUGCUGCUCCAGUUCUUCCUUACCCAUUGCCCACCUCGAUACCUAAUGCCAAUUCUGGGUGGACUAUGGCAGCUCCUCCGAGACACCCAACUGCUCCUCGACUUCCUGUUCCAGGCACUGGAGUCUUCAUUCCGCCAGGAUCUGUACAUUUUCCUCAAACUCAGCAGCUACCAGGAGCUUCAAUUUCUGCUGAAGUUACCUAUGUGCCAAACGAUUUGGCCUUCUCUGGUAAAAAUUGUACAGAGAAUCUGAGUUUUAUCAAUGAUACUUCUUGCAAGACCUCCCCAAAGAUUGCGACAGGGGUCACUGAGCCUGAUCCGGAGUGCAAUGGGUGCUUGACCAUUGGUAAUGCGGCUGCCAACCCAGAACAGCGCAAUGCUGUCGACGAGAAACUUGAUUCUUUUCGAGAAGUAGCAAGAUAGCAAACUACAAGAAGUUUCGGAGCAAUGUGAAGAGCGGCGGAAGAAUUACUAUGCAAUUUCUACUCCUUUUCACACGUUAGGACAAAACAGUCUUUAUAUCUAAUCUAUUUCCUUAAACUUUGACUGUGUACAUUCUGACUGCUUUUUCUAGAUUGCAAUUGCAAUGGCUACAUAGAUUGGCAAAAA